CAAGUUAAUCACUAAUCUCGUUCCCUACCUGUUUUUGUAACUUUGCAAAAGACUUUAGUUUCUUUUCCAUAGACACUUCACAACAAUGGAAACUGCAGCUUACCAUCAUCACGAUCAUCAUCGCCAAGUGGUUGAUCAUCAUGAUCAACAACACCAAAAGAAAUGGGAAGGCGAAGCAAGCACGGAGCUAAAAACCUGCAAACCCCAACAAGUUUGGCCUCUCUUAGAAGACUUCUUUGGCCUAAACAAGUGGUUCCCAACUCUCUCUAUUUGCCUUCCCGUGGAAGGCCUGUCGGGGCAACCCGGUUGCGUCCGGUACUGUGCCGGGUUCAAGACUCCGGUCGACGAUCGUAACAAUAAAACGAGUAGUAAGAAAGAGAUCAGGGUGAACUGGACUAAACAGAAACUCUUGUCCACUGACCGGACCCGGAUGGUUUUUAGCUACUCAAUUGUGGACGGCAACGUCGGGUUUCACUCGUAUGUUUCGACGGUGAAAGUGGCACCGACGGAGGAAGGUGGCUGCAGCAUUAAGUGGUGGUACGAAGUCGAGCCGGUCGAGGGAUGGAAACCACAGGAUUUGGACGGUUUUAUAGGCAAAGGAUUGCAAGUCAUGGCCACAAGAAUGGAAGAAGCUCUCCAAGCCUACGUUGAAGUGACCAAAUCAUGAAUAAUUAAUGGAGUACUAGAGUAUGUAUUCAUGCCAUAUUUUGCUUAUGUUUUCGUUCUUUUCUCAUGUUUGGUACUACUGCCCUGCCCUUGUGGAAUAAGUAUAAGUUUGGAGUUUGUUGGUUGUGAUCAUUUGUUUUCACGAGACCCUACGUUCCGACGUGAAAAAAGGAUUAAUAAAACUGUAAACUUUAUUUAGGAAAAAAAAAAAAAAAAAAAACUGUCAAUUUUACUUACAUUGUUAUUUUUGUGUGAUUUUAAUGGGAUCUAUGAAUUCGUGCAUUAUAUUC